AUGACCAUGUCGCAUCUACUGAAGCAAACCAAGAAGUGUUGCGUUAAGAUUAUUCGCAAACUGUCGCUCAACUCGAGCACGACCGGUGGCGGUGGUGCGUCCUCCGGCGGCGACGAUGAUCAGUCACCGACGGCAACCGGAGUGGGCCUCAACAAUCGCAUCCCGGGCAAGUACGUCCUGCACAAGAACUGUACACCGACGCGCUGCAAAAUACAGCCGGGCUGCCCGGAAGGAGGCGGCACCACCGCGAGCUUCGAUGAGUUGCGCCACUCGACGUUCGGUUGGUCGGCCGGUUCCGGACUGGAGCACCCGCACGAAGCGGUCGGUUUUCAUCCGCUCGCCGAAGAGCAAUCGAUCGCCGGUGAGUCGCUAAGCUUCCGGCGAUCCUUCGCCGGUUCACCGACGCCGGCGGACAACAUUCCCGAGACGCAAAACAACUACAGUGCGGCCCGGAACGCCAAGAACCUGCCGAAGAAGCGCACCAACAUUACGAGCAACAAGAACGUGAAUCUGCGCAAAUGUUUCCGGCUGCGCUCGAAAACGUUCGACACGACGGCCCCGGUGCCGGGUGGUGUCCCGAACGGAACGGCAGGACCCCCGGUGGUGGUGGCGGCUGCCGUCACGCAGGAAGUCAGUGCACCGGUGCAGGGCAGCGGUGUGGCGGCCCCUGCAGUGGACGUGGAGGUGCCGGACUCGCAGACACUGGCCAACAACAACAGCAGCAGCCGGUUGAUUGGGGCGCGGCUGGAUAAGAUCAGCAAAAGUUUGAUGCGUGGCGUCGAGGUGGUCGGCGGGACCGGGGUCGGUGGUGGUGGCCCCGAGGAGCACCACUAUCACGGGGGUUUGGCAAAGAUAUCGAAACCCCUGUUUCUGACCUCCAAGAAGCACCGGCGAAGCAACUACAACCACAUCGACGCGGCCGAUGAUGACGAUGACGAUGACGGUGAAGGGCGGUGGCGAAGGUCGUACCCGCAGACGGAGGCGAUAACCCUCACGAGUGCCCUCAUGUUCUCGGCGACCGAUCGGCAGCAGCAGCAGCUCCGGCCACAGCAGGAACAGGAGACGACCCUCACGACACUGGUGGCCGGCGGUGGCCAGUACCAGUACCACCACAACGCCCCGUCGGUGCUGGAGCGCCUAACGGUGGCGGAAACGGCCGCCGCGAUCCUGUUCGAGAAGGUCAAGUACGAUCGCACCAAGCGCUAUCUGAUCGAUCAGCUCACCGAGGCGGAAUCCACGUCCCUGUCCGGGGGUCCCGGUUCACCGGCCUCCCUGGCCUUCCAGGGUCUCUCGUCGUCCUGCUCGUCCUCCCCGUUCCACCUGGCGGUGGCGGCGGCGGCCGCGAAAAGUGAAGACUUUGUCGAUCCGUGGAAGAACUACAACAUCCGGGGCGGUGCGUGCUGGGACAAGGUCUCCAAAAGCCCCUGGGAUUCGACCGCUUCGGUGAAGGCUAGCCCGGUGGCUCACUCGACACCGCCAGCACCAGCACCAGCAUCACCCCCAGCGGUACGGGCGCCCCCGGUCCAGACGUCCUAUACCCCGGUCCGAUCUCACUGGAAUCCGUUCGAGUAUUCUCCGGCCCAUUUGGCCCGGCUGGCGCCCGCUAGCAGCAAUCAGCAGCAGCAGCAGCAGCACCUAUCGGGCGGCGGGGAACCAAAGCAUCCGCAGUACCGACCGGCGUUCCAGGUGCAAACGGACGUCUGGGAGAACCUGAACAACAAGCACUACGAGAUCGACACGGACGUGGUGUGGCGUUCGACGCGCUGCUCGUCCCGCCGGACCAGCGCCAGCACCGUCGAGACGUGGAUCGAUGACGAAACGUUUGACAAUUCGUUCAACGAGGAGCUCGAGCGCCGCUGUGCCACCCUCCAGAUAUGCGAGUAG